CGUUCGUAGUUUACCACUUCGUCGGUUGUAAAUUGUAAUUCAUUAUUCGUUGUUGUUCCGUGUAGUGUAUGGUUCUGUGGUUAUAUUAGUAGUCACCGGUCUGUCAGUAGACUCGUUUCGACUGUUUCGAGUCCGCGAGUUUAAAUUUCUGACGACGGACGAUCGAUUGUUUUUGUUUCAAGUAUAAGAAAAAGAAAUGACUUAAAAUGGAAUUUGUAUUGGGUGCUUUGGGCGCCAGUGGCGCUGUGUGUUUCACCAAUCCGUUAGAAGUAAUAAAAACCCGGUUUCAGCUACAAGGAGAGCUGAAAAAAGCGGGCAGUUACAAAAUCCAUUAUAGAAAUUUUGUUCACGCUAUUUAUGUGGUGGCAAAAAACGAAGGGCCAUUGGCCCUGCAAAAAGGUCUAUUACCAUCUAUGGGACAUCAAGUGUUUUUGAACGGUACGAGAUUAGGCAUUUUUGAUUUGGCACAGAAAAAAAAGUGGAUACUUAAAAAUGAUGGCACCGUUUCGCUGAUUAAAUCCGCGUUCGUCGGAGCUGGAGCCGGCAUGUUGGGUGGUUUUUUGGGCAGCCCACUGGGAAUGUUAAAAAUUCACCUGCAAUCAUUUUCCGCCCAAUCAACUGCUGUCGGUCAUCAGCAUAACACUACCAGUACGAUAAACGGUCUAAUAACGUUGUACAAUAAAUACGGAGUAGUCCGCGGGCUGUGGCGUGGAGCGACCGGAGCCAUGGUACGUAUUGGUGUCGCGUCAGCUGCGCAACUGAGCACGAUAAGCUUACUUAACGAAGCUCUCAUCGAUAACGGGGUGUUGACCAAGGACCAGAAAUUCCUGAGCACUCUCAUCUGUAGCAUGCUGGGCGGAAUUCUAAUGUCAAUAGUGAUGGCACCAUUUGAUCUGGUAUCCACCAGACUCUACAACCAAGCUGUUGACGCUAAAGGCCGUGGUCUUUUAUAUUCAUCGUACAUUGAAUGUAUGACCAAGACUUUUAAGCAAGAAGGAAUCUACGGACUUUACAAAGGCGUCGUUCCGUGCUACCUUCGACUUGGACCUCACGUCAUUUUAAGCAUGGUGUUCUGGGACAGGUUGCGACUGCUUGAAUCAGAACUGUCCAGCCGCAUUAAAGCCACGCAGAGUCUUUAAUAUUUAAAAUUACUUUAUUAAAUAAUUUUUAAUUUUUUACUCAUCGUGUAAUUGGAAAUCCCAUGCUUAUAUAAAUUGUUAAAUCAUUUAUAUUUAUACUUUAAAGGUUUCUAAAUUUUAACCAAAUGCAAAAUAAAAAUGUUUACACUUAAAUUGGCAAACUAACCUAUACAAGUCAAAUGUUUUUUCAUCGAUUUUUAAUCCACGCUCAAUGAUUAUUUUAUCUUAUCAUAUCAAGUGUAUUAAUUAUUAAACACCCAUAAUUGUAUAAUAAUAGCCUAAGCUAAAUUAUAACUACAUUACACAGUCUGAUGUAACUAUGUAAGUAUUUGGUAUUAUACUAUUAUGAAUAAUUGAGUACCUAGUAAUUUAGUUUAGUAUUUACAACAAAGUACAAAAUAUUAGAUAAUUACAAACAUGUCAUAUCUAGUAACUUGGUACCUACUCAGUCGUAAGUAGGUAAACUUAGUAUAUACUAGCAAUUAGCUGCAAAGUACUCACUAUUAAAAUUUAAAGUCAAUAUUAAGUAGAUAUAGUAUAGAUUACCUAAGUAUUGACUGUAAUCUUUUUUGUCUAUUAUAUUUUUAUAAUCUACAAUUACUGCUCAUCAAAUAUUUGUAUCACAUUUAUCGGGUUAUCGCAUGAAUAAAAAUAAAUUUAAGUAGGUAUGUUAUAAUUUGACCGAUUUAAAUUUUAGUUAGUCUGCGCGGAGUUAUGUAUAUGUUUGUUAUAGUGGGUGUACCUCACUCGUGUUCAUAAUAGGUAGGUACAGUUCACAGUUAAAUGAUCAAUAGUACCUAAUUACAAUUUAUUUUACAUCUAAGAUUAGGUAGAUUCCAUCCCAAAUACUCGUAUGCGUUUGGCAUAUCUCUACGUGAAUAAUAUUGUACAAUUAGUAUUUAGUAGGUAGAAGAUACCUAUAGCGAUAAGAAUGUAUCUGUUAAGUGUUAUUGUUAUUAAAUUAUAAAAAACUAUGAAAAAUCAAAAUCAAUUAUUGUUAAUAAUAUUAUAGUAGUUGUAUUAUUUUAGCAUUUGUACCAAAUUAUUAUUACUACUUGACCAUUUUUAAUAUUUAAUAUAAAUUUUUUUUGUACCUA